AUGACUUCUCCCCAGGAGCUGGUCCAACUGGACAAUUUCCAGGACAUCUUCCAACUUAAGGGCAAGAUCGCCGUGGUGACGGGCGGAUCGCGAGGUCUGGGUCUACAGACGGCGAGCGGCUUUCUGCAAGCCGGCUGCUCCAAGGUCUAUCUGGUGGCGAGAACGGCAGGGGACCUGACGGCGGCCGCCGACGCGCUCAACGGCCUGUCAGCGCCUAGCAGAGCUGCCGACUUCAAGGCCAUCCCGAUCGUGGCCGACAUCUCGACCUACUCCGGGUGCAUUCAGAUGGCCGAGGAGAUUGCAAAGACGACCGACCACAUCGACAUCCUGAUCGCCAACGCCGGGGCCACCUUUAUCGGCAAGUUCGACGAUUACAAGGCCGACGACUUCGCCAACGUCAUGAACGUCAACGUCAACAGUGUCUUCUUCUCGACUCAGAAAUUGACUCCGCUUCUGGAGGCUGGAGGCACCGUGCAAGAUCCUUCUCGGGUCAUCAUGGUCUCGUCGGUGGCCGGCGUCGUCAUUGGGGACGUGGGUGAUCAUGGCACUUACGCCUAUGCAGCGUCCAAGGCGGCCGUGGUUCACCUGAUGCACAACUUGGCCGUCGAGCUGGGCCCGAGACACAUCACCGUCAACGUCGUCGCUCCCGGCAUCAUCCCGACCAAGAUGAGUGGCCCUCUGAUGGCCCGCCACGGUGGGCUGGAAGCCGUGGCCAAGCAGGUUCCGGACCAGAAACUAGGCUCCAAGGAGGAUGUUGCCGGUACCAUGGUCUUCCUGUCGAGUAGGGCGGCUCGUCACAUCAACGGUGCCACCAUCGUCCUGGACGGAGGGAGCUUCUUGGUCCGAGGAUGCGCCUAG